AUGGCGCACAUUGCUUUGUUAUCCCUCGUCUCGUUGUUACCGCUCGCCGCUAAUCAGCGCGUCUUUCCUCGUGGUGAAGAAGCGCCCUUUGUCCACAUCCCACUUGCUCACCCUGAUGCCUACACUUCUGGGGAAGUCCAUGGGCUCAUGAUGAGUCUCUUGGCCGAUUCUGUGGCCCAAAUGCAAGCUGACAAGGACGCUGGAGCGUACCUCAAUAUCCACGCCAUUGACGAGUUUACCCCGUGUGUAAACGGCUACGCGGGCACUGAAGAGGGCAACACUUUCUCUUGUAACAAUCUGGAUUUAUAUUCUUUCACCCCCCAUGCUGAACUCGGAAGCAAAACGGAAUUUGGCAACGAUAUCUGGGGCUGGUCUUCACAUAGCCGCGAGUUUGCGCUAGUCGGUCAAACGGACGGAACUGCAUUUGUGGAAAUCCUACCAAGUGGCCAGGCUGUGUAUCUAGGCAGAUUGGCCACGCAGACACAUACGAGUGUCUGGAGGGACAUCAAAGUCAUCGGAGACCAUGCUUACAUCGGAAGUGAGGCUAUGGGCCAUGGCAUUCAGGUCUUUGACUUAACGAAGCUUCUCGAUGUGUCGCUUGCCGCGGAACCACGAGAGUUCCGUUUGGAUGUUGACAUGGCGGCACACUACGACGGACUGCCGCUUGGUCCAUCACACAACAUCGUUGCGCAUGAGAGCAAGAACCUUAUUAUGGCUGUUGGAUCAAUUCCUCGCAAUCACUCCUGUGCUGCUGGUCUGAUAUUUGUUGAUGUUUCUGACCCAACCAAGCCCACUGGUGUUGGAUGCGCGGGGCAAGAUGGCUAUGUUCACGAUGCCCAGUGCUUGACCUAUGCUGGUCCACAUGCCAAAUAUGUGGGAACUGAUGUCUGCUACGCCUUCAAUGAAGACUCCUUCACCAUCUACAAUAUUUCUGACCCAUCCAACGCCGAAAUCGUGUCGACGACGCCGUAUUAUGGCGUCAGCUACUCGCAUCAAGGCUGGGUUAUAGACGAGCAAGACCAGCGAUACUUGUUGUUGGACGACGAACUUGAUGAGGUUUAUCAACGGGGUUGGGCCAAUAAUUCACACACAGUUACCUACAUCUGGGACAUUCAGAACCUGGAAGAGCCUGUGUUAACUGGCCACUACAGCUCCCCAGUCAAGUCCAUCGACCAUAAUCUCUAUGUCCACAACGGCUGGGCAUACGAAAGCAACUACGGCAGCGGGUUACGCAUUGUUAAUGUCAGCAGCGUCGUCGAGGACCCAACAGGUGGCGCAUUCAAGGAAAUCGCCUUCUUUGAUGUGCAUCCGGAGGACGACGACGUGGGUGGAGAGGCAACUUUCACUGGAUCGUGGAGCGUUUAUCCGUACUUCAAGAGUCGCUACAUCGUCAUCAACUCCAUUGAGCGAGGGUUAUUCGUCGUCAAAUAUAACGGCAAGUAG